UCGAAAAAAGAAAACAAUCAGCGCUUUAGUUUCUUCGUGUUUCCAAGUUUCUUGAGUGCCAAAUGAAUCCAAACAUGAACAUGAUGCCCAUGUCGGGACCACAGAUGAUGCAGGUGAUGCAGUCCUCGCCCUCGGGACCUCCGGGACCCGUGCAGCACCAGCAGCAACAACAGCCGCAACCGCUGCAGCAGCAGCAGCAGCAGGCGGAAAAACUGGACAACAUUUCCAGGGUGAAGAGUUUGCUAGGACCGCUGCGGGAAUCGAUGUUCCUCACCAUCCGGUCGAGCGCCUUCACGCUGCAACAGAACAAUCUGGCGGACAACUUGAAGAGGGACACGGGAGCCCACCAUGUGCCACGGUUCGACAAGCACCUGGAAGACUUCUACGCCUGCUGCGACCAGAUCGAGAUCCACUUGAAGACGGCGAUGCAGUGCCUCCAGCAGCAGAACUCCUCCAAUCACUAUCUCCCUGGCCCGGUGACGCCCAUGCGCAUGGAGACCUUUAUGCCGGAUAACGCCGGUCCCAUUCCGUAUCCCACCUACUUGAAUACUGUCCGGGUUCACGUGCAGUCGGCCAAGGACAUACACGACACCCUGAUCAGCGCAGCGCAAAACAUUUCCCAGGCUGAUUGAUAGUUGUAGUGGCAUUAAUAUUUGCCAAGUCUAGGCUUAAGUUCAAAAUAAAAAGUACUGAUAUAUAAGAA